UUCUGUUACAUAAUUGGUCACUAGUGCAAACUCUCAUGUUAAGACUCUUUCAGACGGACGAAAGCUUGUUGACCAUCUCCAGUGGAAGUCUGUCUGGUUUCUUCAGAUUGCACUAUGUGGCGUCUUCUAGCUGGGUUUGUGCUUCUGCUGAGUGCUGCAGAUGCCGCACCAGUUGGUGACAGAACAGUUCCUGAUUUUGGAAAGAAGUAUCAUGUCAAAGGUGAGCUGAAUUUGCCUUAUUCUGGUGAUUCUGGGCUAAAGGAACCGUUUGAAGUUUGGUACGACCUCGAGGGGAACAGAAGUCGCAUCGACUAUCGUAAUAGUACAGUGCGCACUUUUCUGAUUGGAAAUGACUUGGAUUAUGGCGUCAUUUACAAGAUCACACCAGUCAAUACUGAGACCGAAGUUCAAGCUAUUAAGUAUUUUCAGCUUAAAGGAACAAAGGAGGAUCCAAUAAGUCCACAGGCGGCACUGCCUGAUCUGCAGGACUUUGAAUUUGAGAAGAUGGAGGAUUACGCAGGCGUUCAGUGUGAGGUCUGGAAGAAGGUCACACAGGCUGGUCAUAAGAAGAACACAUAUCGUCUGUGGGUCAAACGUCCAGAGGGAAGUGAUUCCCCAGCCGUCCCGUACCACUUUGAGAUGGAGGGCUUCAACACUCUUUUGGAGUCCCACAAUGACAAAUACAUGAUUGACUACAGUGACUUCAGCUCACAAACUGAAUCGGACAUUUUCACACCCCCUGGAGGAAUGACCUAUGAGGAGUUUCCGGAUCCUCCUGAGGAGCAUCAAAUAUUGGCCAAUCCCCUUCAAGACUAUGUCAGCACCUCCCCUGUUAGCCACGCCCACCGAUUGUUCGGCUCCUUUAAGGAGAAGUUUAAUCGUCUGUAUAAAAAUGAGAAGGAGCACGAGGAGCGCGAGAACAACUUUGUACAUGGUUUUCGGUAUGUGCACUCUACAAACAGAGCCGGUCUUACAUACAGCCUCGGUAUCAACCAGUUCGCUGAUUGGUCAGAGGCAGAGCUGGCCAGGAGGAGAGGUUUAAUAAUUCCAGAACGGAAAAAGACUGUUACAGAAUAGUCCUCACACAUUUAUUUGAGUCUGUUGCCAAUGUAUGAUACAGUUUAAUAAACUUUGUCUGAUUGUG